AUGCCAGAUAACCGUAAGAACAAGCUCAAUUUCGCAGAUAAUGCCAGCAAAUCCGUGCUUUCUCUUACUUCGCCGGCGAAGUUAAAUGUGGUAUCAUCAGACUGGUCGAAAAUGACCGCCAAGAGGCCUGUCGGCAAGAUAUCAAAGCGACUGCAGUCUGGCAAUUCUACGACGUUGUCCAAUGUAACCAACAUCGUACCAAGCUCCAAGAGUUCAGGACAACGACCAACUCUGCAAUAUGUGCCACCAUUGCUAAGAAGGUCCUCAUCGUUGUUCAAGGACGAUCUCGAAACUAAUGAUCGCAAAUCCAUAAAAUCUCAAGACUCCGAUGAGGGUUGCUUCAACACCGAUAGAUUUAUCCCGUUACGCAAAGAAAACUCCUUUUCUCACUCAAAAAUUGAUCCCUUAAACCUGGAGGAAGAAACCCCUCCACCAAAUGCAUCGCCUUCGACACAUCUAAAGGCGCAAACCAAACGAGUUUUCAAACAAAACGUCGCAGAGGCCUGCGGGUUAGAAAUGAAUCAGCGAAUUCUUCAAUACAUGCCUAAGCCACCUGCCACUUCGCACAGAAAACAAACAUAUUCGAUUGGAAAUAGAUCGCAUUAUUCAUAUUCCGCAAUUCAUAAUUCUGGGCCAAACCCUGAAUUGGCAAAACUUCGGAAAAUUAACUCAAAUCCAGAAAGAAUCCUUGAUGCUCCUGGUUUUCAAGAUGAUUUCUAUCUAAACCUCGUGAGUUGGUCCAAUAAAAAUGUUCUUGCUAUUGCACUGGACUCAGCACUAUAUUUGUGGAACGGCGCAUCGGGCGACGUUUCAUUACUGGUGGAUUUCGAAAAACCGGGUGCUAUAACAAGCGUUACAUGGUCUGAUGAUGAUUGCCAUAUCUCCAUUGGGAAAAUAGAAGGCAGCACCGAAAUCUGGGAUGUUGAAACUAUGUCAAACGUAAGAACGAUGAGAUCCGGACUUGGAGUUCGCAUAGGCUCUCAGUCCUGGUUAGAGACAUUAAUAGCGACCGGAGCCAAAAGCGGAGAAAUCCAUAUCAACGAUGUUCGAAUCAAAAAUCAUAUUGUUUCGACCUGGGAAGAACACCGAGGGGAAGUGUGUGGGGUUAGUUAUCGUCCAGAUGGACUUCAGUUAGCUUCUGGUAGUAACGACAAUACCGUUGUAAUUUGGGACACUCGCACAUCUCUACCUCAGCAUAUCAAAAGACAGCAUACUGCCGCAGUAAAAGCAUUGGCCUGGAGCCCAGAUACUAAUAAUCUGUUGGCCACGGGAGGCGGUCAAACAGACAAACACAUUCACUUUUGGAACACAACAUCCGGUGCAAGAACCGGCAGCAUAAACACAGGAUCUCAGGUGAGUUCAUUACAUUGGGGACAAAGUUACAGUUCCAGCACAAUGCAACGGGAAAUUGUUGCCACGGGUGGUAACCCCGAAAACGCAGUUUCAAUUUACAACUAUGAUACCAAAUUCAAAGUUGCAGAAAUUGUUCACGCUCAUGAAGCGAGAAUUUGUUCAAGUCAAUUAUCCCCGGACGGUACCGUAUUGGCCACAGUUGGAGGUGACGAAAACCUCAAGUUUUACAAAGUGUUUGAACCUCGAAGAAAGCGCCCUCAAGGUGUUUGCGACGGGGAAAGUUUGAUGGGACUCUUGAAUGUAGGGGACACCUGUGAGGAUGACGCGACAAGAUCUCCAACUCGCAGGAAUACCUCUGAAUUUCUCAUCAGGUAG